AUGGCCGAGGACAAGAAAUAUUCUGGAGAGUUCGUCCGCGAGACUUAUCCUGGUGACGAUAUCCAACAUGGCCAAGUGACCGACAACUCCGACGACUUGCAGCGUCAUCUUGGUAACCGUCAAAUCCAACUCAUUGCGAUUGGUGGUUCUAUUGGAACUGCUCUCUUCGUGUCCAUUGGAGGCGCUCUCAACAAGGGUGGUCCCCUCGGUUUACUCCUCGCAUACACUGGAUACUCUUGCAUCAUCGCUCUUGUGAACAACGCCAUGGCUGAAAUGGCCAGUUUCAUGCCCGUGUCCGGAGGUUUCAUUCGAAUGGCUGGACACUGGGUCGAUGAGUCCCUAGGCUUCAUGGCCGGCUGGAACUUCUUCUUCUACGAAGCUCUGCUGAUUCCUUUCGAAAUCACAGCUCUCAACAUUGUGCUGCGAUUCUGGAGAGAUGACAUACCAGUCGCUGCUGUCUGUGCGGCCGUCAUCGUUCUAUAUGCUGCUUGCAACAUCUUGGCUGUAAAGGCAUACGGUGAGGCAGAAUUUUGGCUCUCUGGAGGCAAGGUCAUGCUGAUCCUGAUUCUCUACUGCUUCACCUUCGUCACCAUGGUUGGAGGUAACCCUCAGAAGGAUGCCUAUGGCUUCCGAUACUGGCGCGACCCUGGCCCAAUGCCCGGCAGCAGCGAUCUUGGACGUUUUGAAGGCUUCCUAGGUUCUCUUUGGGCUGCGUCUUUCUGUAUCGUUGGUCCCGAGUACAUCUCCAUGGUCUCCGGUGAGGCUAAGCGUCCUCGCGCGUACAUCAAGACCGCAUUCAAGACUGUGUACUUCCGAUUUGGUGCCUUCUUCAUCCUUGGUGCUCUUUGCGUCGGUAUCGUUUUGGCAUACAACGACCCAGAGCUUGUCAGCGUAUUGGCAGCUGGUGAGAGCAGUGCUGCUGCCUCUCCCUACGUCAUUGCUAUGAAGAACCUCAACAUCGGCGGCCUUCCCCACCUUGUCAACGCCCUCUUGAUCACGAGUAUCUUCUCUGCGGGUAACACGUACACUUACUGCGCGACUCGCAGUCUGUACUCGCUUGCUAUUGAAGGCCGUGCCCCCAAGAUCCUGCGCAAGUGCACCAAGAACGGUGUUCCGAUCUACUGCUUCUGUGUAGUCAUGAUCUUCCCGUUCUUGUCUUUCCUGCAAUUGUCGGACGACUCUGCCAAAGUCCUGACCUGGCUCACCAACAUCAUCACUGCUGGUGGUGUCAUUAACUACAUCGUCAUGUGCGGCACCUACCUUGCUUUCUACAAGGCUUGCAAAGUUCAAGGCCUCGACCGAAAGACGCUUCCCUACUGCGGUUACUUCCAGCCAUAUGGUACCUGGUUUGCGCUCUGCUUCGAGAUUUGCGUUGUCUUUGUGUAUGGUUACAGCACCUUCAAGCCCGGCAACUUCACCCUUGAGUCUUUCUUCACGUACUACACCAUGGUUGGCGUUGCCCCGAUCCUGUUCAUCUUCUGGAAACUCUUUAAGAGGACCAAGUGGCUGAAGCCACACGAGGUUGACCUUGUCUGGGAUGCUCCUCUCAUCGAUGCCUACGAGGCCUCCUUCAUCACACCACCUGUCGGCUUCUGGACUGAGAUGUUGCAACUUAUCGGACUGAAGCGUAACGUCCCCGUGGACAAGCGUGCUGUUUAA